AUGGCUUCCGCCGGCGAAGGCACUAGUAUUGGGACGGCUGUGGAAGCUGCUGUCCCGUGCACGUUGCUCGGGCUGCUGCUGCAGGGGAAGAGCGCGGGGGCGUCUUCUGAUGCAGUUGGUGAUCGCAGCGGGAUAUGUUUCAUGAGGGAGUAUGCUGCCAGAGCAACGAAUAUUGUGCUAUGGGCGGUACUAAUUGCUGUGACGGUGAUUCUUCUGCGGAGGCUCGGGAGGGUGGUGAGGUUCUGGGCUAAAGGGAGCCGGAUCCCCGGACCACCAAUCCUAUCGUUCUAUAGGCACUCGAAGCUCAUCCCAGAGUGGGGUGAUCUCACCGGUUAGUCUUGAUCUGAGUUUCCUGGAUCAGUUGUCGUGAAGAAUUAUGGAGUGCACCGCGGAUUCUGAUGUCUUUCUUUGAGGCUUGUCAUGUGAUCUAUCAUGCAAUAUUAUUUUAUCAACCAUAAGCUAGAAAUUAAUCUGUGUGAUGAAACUUGAGCAAUUGUUCACAAUUCCACAAUUGUACAACGGAAUUUUGCUACCUGUUUAUUUUUUCUCACUGCUAAUAUCCUUUGCAAUUCACUAUUUACAUUUUACAAACGAGCAAACGGUUCAGCUGAGAGGGGGCGAAUUCUUGUCGUUUACAUAGUCUUGGUAUUUUAUGAUUUUAUGCAUUCUUUCAGGGAAAAAUGAAGCUGUGGAUAAUAUGUAUGCCCUCUUCAUCCGUUGUUAGGAAAUAUGUUACUGUAUAGUUUACAUUCACUGAGCGCUAUCCUUUGAGUGGUAUCUUUUGCCCGUUAGUUUCUUUGGUGGUUAAUAUUAGUUUUCUCUUGCAUUUAUGUAAUUCUUUUUCCAGUGUUGUUGUUAAUGUACUUACUUUGAGUUUUCAAACUGUAAAGGUUAUUUGUCAAAGUUGCAUGAGAUCUAUGGGCCUAUCGUUCGACUUUGGUUGAGUCCGACUGAGCUUGUGGUGUCUGUAACUGAUCUAUCACUGAUAAAAGAGGUGCUUAUCAAAGAAGAAGACAAGUCACCACUGCCUGGAAGGUUAUUUCGUUUGGCUUUUGGUGACUCUAGCCUCUUUGCUCCGUCCUUUGACUUGGUACGUCCGACACGCUUUUCAUAUCUCUGGGAUAAUGCUAACCAAAGUGUGUUGUUUUCCCUUGAACCAAUGCGUGAUACAUGUUUUGUCCCUUUUUUAAAAAUUUUGGUUAUGAACUUGUUGUUAUAGGUUAGGCUACUGUGGAUUGCGUCAGCGCUUAUGUGAGGGUUUAGUUUGGUUCCAUUCUCGUGAAGCCUGUUUUUCGUUUGAGACAUGUCUUCUAUUCUUUUUCACUCUAGCUUGUCCCACGAUCUUGAUAUUGCUUGAAAAUCCGGCAUCAUGGACCUUGUUCACCUAUGUUUUUUGACCAGGGUUUUUAUUUGGUUGUUUAAGGAGAGUUAUUUUUGAAGUCUUUGCAUGCUAAAUCGAAUUAAGAGGCUUCUUUGCGGUUUUAAUUGACCUGAUUAUUUUUUAAAAUCAAAUGUACGUAGAAUGUGGGCUUUUUGACAUCAAGCUCAAUAUGUAUCAUUUGUUCACUGAUCGCUUUCCUGCAGGUACAACAGAGAAGAGAAUCACUUGAAAUCCAGUUGAAUGGCGUGCUGCUUGGAAAAUCAAGUUCAAUUCCGUUGAAAGUUCUGGACUGCAUAGUGAAAAAAAUUGAUGCCUUUAUGGCUGAAGGGCCUGUGGAUUGCGAAGAAAUGUCUCAAUGCGUAGCCUUCUCCAUUAUUGGAUCCACACUUUUCGGACAUUCAUUUUUGACUUGGUCUAAUGCAGAUACCUAUCGAGAGCUUCUUAUGAGGGUUGCAAAGGAUGCUAGUUUUUGGGCCUCCUACAAUAUUCCUCCCAUUUGGAAAAGAGGAUUUUGGAGGUACUGGCGGUUAUGCACUAGAUUAAAAGGUCUAACAAGGGAUAUCCUUGUACAAUGUGGAAGGAGUUACACUUCCUUCGAGAAAACUGGCCAAACUUCAUGGAAGGAAACUGCCGAGUAUGGUACCUUUGAAAAAGGCAUGCUUCUAGGGGAAUUAAACUUGCACCUUAUUUUAGAGGAUGAACCAUAUGGGAAUAUAAUGGGAAUGAUGUUCCAUGGAUAUUUGAAAAUAUCUGGAUUGAUUAAUAAUAUCCUGAUAAAGCUUGUCCUGAAUCCAGAAAUGCAGGAAAAGGUUAUUUCAUUUCCCUGUUAUUCUCCUUCAAGGCUUACUCCAGAUUUCAUUUAUCAAAUCUAUUAAAAAUAUUUAAUGAUGGCUCAUAUCUCAGUUCAUGGCUUUUUACAAUUCCGAGUUCCUCAGUUAUUUUUCUUGAGACAAAAGCUAUAUAGAUUUUAAAAUUCUGAAUUGUUGAAAUUUACUAAUAAAUAUGUUAAGAAAGAUUUGGGAAGUGUGACUAAUGCUUGUAACCAGAAAUAGCUAGAAAUGACUAAUGCCUCUCUUUUAGUUGCUGUACUCUGAACCUUGCAUACCAUUUUUUUUUUAUAUUGUUUUAAUUAAUCUAUUCGUUCCAUUGAAAUCCUGCAUGUGAUCAGCCAUUUUCCAAGUGAACCAGAAGGCUUUAUUUGUUGUACUGCUCAUCUGUCCCAUAAAAUGUUAACUAAAUAAACUGUAUUGACUUGAGGGAGUGUGUAAUCCCUCAUUUGUUGAUGCAUGUAUAUUCUAGAUUCAAUGAUAGAGCUCCAUCAAUUUCCUUUCAUGAAAAGCUGCAAAUUUUUUGGUGUUGUUAUUUAAUCAGUUUUUCAAGUUAAUUUUGGGCCUCGUAUAGAUGUCUAGCUUGGUCAGAAGAAUUAAAUGAUUGCGUGAGAUUUUUACCAGACAUCCUUUUCUUGGUCUUGGAACUCACAGAGUGGUUUAUGACCUGUAGUUUUAUUUGAUAGUUGAGUCACACUAAUCCAUAAUCAUCAUGUUACCAGGGUAUGUAUAUAAAAUUAUUUAUUUAUGAUUUUGGCCUCUUUGCAGAUUUUUUCGGAGAUAACUGAAAUGAACAAAAGAGUUUCUGGAUCACAUCCCUUUGACGUCCAAAAGAUGCAGUUUUUGCUGGCAACUGUGUUUGAAUCUGCUCGUCUUUUGCCCUCUGGACCUUUGCUUCAGAGAUGCUCUUUAAAACAUGGUAAGAAUUUCACUUGAUCAUUCUAGCCUUGGCAUGUUAUCACAUAGACACUUCUUUUGAAUAAAUGUGAAAUUCUUGAUGUAAGAAACGAAUCAUCAGGCUAUGAAGGGUAAAAAACGAGUCUUGUUUAGACAGCAGCGUUUGUAGAAUAGUAAGUUCAAGGAUUUAUUCCAAGGUCUGAGUUAUAAGCUUAGUUGCGAGAUAUGCUUUUAUGAGAAUGUCUCAGAUUCAGAGUUACCAUCGUGUUUCUUUAUAUCCAUGAUUUGCCCCGAUCUGUAUAAAAUUUGAGGGUGAGCUUACAUGGGAUGUAACUGAUGGGUCAUUAAUAUUCAUGGAGAAAAUCAGCCAUUUUAAAAUACCUUGCAUGGGGAAGUGAUGGAAGUUAAUAUUUCUUACCUGGUUUUGCCCACUUUAUAUCACUUAUUUUGCAUAGUUUCGAACCUACAUACACAUAAUGAGUAACGUUUUUAUAGAGGGCUUUGAGCAUAGACUAGUAUGAUUCACAGGAAAAUCUAUGCAAGUGAUUCUGGCUAGUGAAAGACCAAUUAGUUUUUCAUAGCCUAAUCUUGAAAUGGUACAGAAGAGACAACAUUGUCUCUAGACAUUCAACGGGACUCAACAGGAUGAGAACAUGUACAAAUCUGAUUUUUGUUGCCACCUAUCAAGCUUUGGUAUUCCCCAGUGAAAUUUCUUGCUUUCUGGUUUUCUUGAUAGAUUAUCCUUUUUCAUGAUAAAUUCAGAUCUUAUGCUUCUUUGUUUUGAAAGAAAUUCCAUUUACGUCGAUCAGAUUUCUUGAACAAUCUCUAAUGAUACUAUCAGUUUACUGCCCGUUUAUAACAGGGCUGUGUAUCCUCAUAUUUUCUCCUUUGAUGUUUUCUUUUAAAUUCGUUUAUAAUAGUUUCUUCUCUGUAAAAUCUUUGUCCAAAUUUUUACAAAACUUCAUUUUUGUCUAAAUGGAAUGUAAGUUGGUAUGCCCCUUCUUACCCUUAUAUAGAUUACUAUGAAAUUGGCUGAUAACAUUUUUUGAAUGCUCAGACUUGAACCUUAGGAAAAGCUUAACCAUUCCAGCUGGAGCAAUUUUUGUUGUUCCUGUGCACCUGGUGCAGACGGAUAGUACUAUCUGGGGCAAAGAUGCUUGUCAAUUCAAUCCUCUGCGUUUUGUGUCCAAGACUGGUGGAUGGGAUGAUGCUUCGAUUCCCAAAACCUCAUCAGCAGGUUUCUUCACUAAUUAGCCCAGACAGAUACUACUAGUUCUGUGACAUUAUUUUAUUCCUUUGAGCACCAUAAGUUUCAUUUAAUUUGCAACUUUUUAUUUUUUAUUCAUUAGCUACAUUAUCAAUGCUCAUUUAACUUCUUUUUUCCCUUCUACAUGCGGCUUGACCUAGUAAACAGUGGAAAUCUAACCUUUACACGGAUUAAGUUAUGAUGUAAAAUCUCCUGAGUAACCUCAAACUCUGAUCCCUCUUGGGGGCCUCCAAGCCUUGUAAUAUGUUUCAGGAUCAGGAAUGGUUGCCAGUCUUCUGUUCGCUUCUAGGAGAAUCCCUAACGCAACACCUUUGGGUCGUUCAACUAUGAUUCUCACAUUUCCCCGUGAGGGCCUUUCCCACACUGCGGUUAGCAAAAUAUAAACCUCUGGUGGAGUUCUUGGUCUCUACACGAGGUCAAUAUCUGCCUGGACUUGAUUCUAAUGUCUAGUGAUUUGGUCGUUUUCCUUAUCAAUUGGAAUAUACUUUAGCAUCUACUCACCAGAUUCUUGUGUCGACCUCAAAAGAUACCACCUCCCGAAGAGUAUCUAAAAAUCAGUGUCUGAACAAUGAGUCAUAAUUCGAAACUAUAUUUAAAAGCUUUCUUGCAACAGACCGACCAGAAACUGAGUUAAUCUUUGUAAAGCUUUGCACUCGAGUUGGAUGACGGCAUACCUGGCAUCACGUCCUGCUCUAUUGGCAUUAAACCACAUAGGUCAUCCGGUUUCGUGGACGAAUAAGUCUGGUGAGUUGCCUUUGCCACCAUGGAUGUUAAAAAGAACUGAUUGUCUAUUCCUAUGAACAUCAAACUUAGGGACUCUCAGAGGAACCCAUUUCUCUUUAACAUUUUCCUUUGUUGAUGUUAAGCCAUGUUAAAUCAUAAUCAUAGUUCAUGGACGUCCAAAGCCACGGGUAAAACUCAUACUAUAGUCCUCUGCAGGAAUGCUAACAAGGAUACUUUGUGCUACAAUACACGAGCAAAGGGUUUAUUGUCCGGAUGAGUUACCAAAAUCUUUCCUGUGCUGUUUGGUUCUCCUAUACAUAGAUAGAUAUUCCAUUGCCUGAUGAAAAACAUUUUAAUAAAAAAAGCAUGAUUAGAAGAAGGUUGUCUGGGUUUACUGUAUGCCAACCCGUGACUUUAUGGCCCUGACCGGCUUCUUUUCUCCUCUCAUGAUUUUGUGAGUCCUAAGGGAACAUCAGUGUUGUCAAACCCCUUCGUGGGCUAACAAGGCUAUAUAAUUUCAGUAUAACGUUUCUGUUAAGAUGCUGGAAUGAUGUUUAUCUUGUGAAUAGAACCCGAGUUAAAGUUUAACUUGUAAUGAUGAAUGGUUAAAUAUUGAAAAAUACAUGUGGGCUUGUCUGUGCCUGAAACGAGUCACGAGUCAACUCUGUAGUGCCAGCCUUGGACCGAUUCAAUGAGAUUCACUGUGGGCCAUGACUAGGCUCUGGGCCUUUAUUUGGUUGGCCAUCAGUCUUUUAAUAUUCAUCAAAGCACUGAUUUUUCUUCUAACGUUUUCACUUGUUCCUUCGUGUUUCUGUCACUCUAACAUACGUCUGAAGAAAGUUAUGUACUUUCCAUCUCUGGCAGACGUCAACUGUGGAUUCCUUCCAUUUGGAUCUGGCAAGCGUGCAUGCGUUGGCCAAAAGUUUGCAGUUCUUGCAAUUUCCACAUUAUUAGCAUCUUGGAUUCAAGAAUUUCAGGUUCGCGCCUUGCACCCUUCCAAGCGGCUUCUGUUUGAGUUCUUUUAAUUCGUUGACUUCGAUUUUGUCACAGAGUGCAACAGACCAUCUUUUUAUAUUUCAGUGCUCUUACCGUUUAAUAAUCAGAGCGUCUCUCCUACGUUGGCGGUCUCCUUUUCAUGGUUCUUCUGCUAUAGUUUAUACUAGGUUAAGUCAAGACUUAGAUAAAAUCGCACACUUCUGCUAUUCUUUUGGUGCCCAAAACUUUCUAGACUCUUGGGUUUCGCCUCUACAUUUUAUUGAUUAAUCUAAAAGAUCACACGAUGAUUUGGGAUCUAUCUUGAAUAAGCCCUCAUGUUUAUUCCACCCUUUCUGUUUCCAGAUACAGCUUCAUGCUGCUCCAGAGGACUCUGCUCUUCUGCAACAUCCUCCAAGCCCCAAGAUCAUGUUUGUGCGGAGAAGCUGA